AGCGUGCGCAGUGCGCUUGUCUUGUUGAGCACAUACCUCGUAGAAAAAAAGCUUUGCCAAUAUAUAUCACCGUUCAGUUAGUCAGUUGCUUGUUGUCUCGAUUCCUAGAUAUGUCUACUACUUGAUGUGCGAUACAAUAAAAUGGCUUGAUACCUAGGACAUGUGGUGAUAAAAAAAAACAUGCUGCAACUUGAAUAUAGGGUAUUAUUUCAUGUUAACUUGAAAAUACUAAUGCGCUGCUGAGAACCUUGACAAAAAGGGUUAUCAUCGGAAGUAUAACGAAUGCGUCUGUUACAGAUCAAGAAUUUGUGAGGCCCCGAGGGGAACGAUACCAAUGGAUUAUGUAAGUCAAGUAAACAUAACUCCAAUGGAGGACUGUGCGAAUUCUUCUAGACUUGCUGGUGAAUUCUCAAACUGCUACAACACCUUUCCAGACUUGGAGGACAGCACCAAGCUGGUGGGAGUGCAAGUGAUCCUCAUCCUGGCUUACAGCACCAUCAUACUGUUCGGAGUCAUCGGAAACUCCCUGGUGAUAUACGUGGUGUACAAGUUCAAAACUCUGCACACCGUCACCAAUUUUUUCAUUGUGAACCUGGCUGUGGCCGAUCUGCUGGUGAAUACUCUAUGUCUGCCCUUUACUUUGAUCAACACUCUCCAUGGAGAGUGGCGGUUUGGCCAGGCAUUGUGCUUCAUGCUGCCCUUCUCCCAAGGCAUGUCCGUGCACGUUUCCACCAUCACGCUCAACAUCAUCGCCCUGGACCGCCACCGGAGCAUCGUCUACCACCUGGAGACCAAGAUGUCCAAGGAAAUGUGUGCCGCCGUCAUCGUCAUGACGUGGGCCAUAAGCGCGGUCCUGGCCAGCCCGCUCGCCGUCUUCCGGGAGUACGGGACGUUUGACCUUUCGCCCGAGCAGUCCAUUCAGGUUUGCACGGAAAAGUGGCCAGGGAGCGGCAUGGACGGGACCAUCUAUAGUAUCUCCAUGCUCCUGCUCCAGUACUGCCUGCCGCUGGCCAUCAACUCCUUCGCCUACAUCCGCAUCUGGAGUAAGCUGAAGAACCACGUGAGUCCGACAGGGAGGAACAACCGCCACCAGCGCAAGAGGAAGACCACUAAGAUGCUGGUGAUCGUGGUGGUGGUGUUUGCAGUGAGCUGGCUGCCUCUCCACGCCUUCCAGCUGGCCAUUGACAUUGACAACAGUGUCUUGGACAUGAAAGACUUCAAGCUGCUUUUCACCAUGUUCCACAUCGUGGCCAUGUGCUCGACCUUUGUCAACCCCAUCCUCUAUGGGUGGAUGAACAACAACUACCGGACUGCGUUUCUGUCCGUGUGUAAGUGCAGCCAACCUGUCAAUUCUGGGUCGAGGAGCAUCAUGAGCAGAAAGACACUGAGGGAAAAGGACAUGAGCGAUACAGAUUUCCAAGCGACUAAAGUCUGAAUUCAUAAUAUCAACUGAAAUGUGAAAUUGCUGUUCUGUGCAACCUACUGUAAGGGUGAAUUAUGGGUUUGUUGUCAAAAGGUUCAGUGAAGAACCAAGUGUGUUCAAAAUGUGUAAAUGAUUUCAUGCAAGUGCCAAAUGCAUUGCUGAAUUGUGCCAUUGAUAAUCAAGAGCUUAUGAAACUGCUGUUUAAAACUUGCUGCUUCUUACAACUGGCUACUUAGGCCACAUGCAAAUGUUGAUAUUUAAAUGUUGAUCGUGGGACAAAAAAUGUUGACAUUGCCUUCGUGAAUGCUACCAUAGUAAACCAUGUGGAUCAUACUGUUUCUUUAGAAAUGGAUUCCGAGGCCUUGUUUUGAUAGAUGUGCUUUAAUUAAAAAAGCUGAGGUGGAAAACAACACAUUUAGUUCAGAACGCAGGUUGUAAUUUAUUGACACCUAAUAGCUGCAAAUUCAGCAUGUAAUGAUAGAAACUGACUCAUCCAUUUCAUCAAGCUGCGUGUCAGUGCUGACAUUUCCAAAUUCAAAUCAAAUCACAUUGUAUUUGUCACAUGUGCCGAAUACAACAGGUGUAGUAGACCUUACUGUGAAAUGCUUACUUUACAAGCCAUUAACCAACAAUGCAGUUCUAGAAAUAGAGUUAGAAAAUAUUCACUAAAUAAACUAAAAGUUAAAAAACACAAUAAUAUUACAAGUAAAUAGUCCGGUGGCCAUUUGAUUAAUUGUUCAGCAGUCUUAUUGCUUGGGGGUAGAAGCAGUUAAAGAGCCUUUUGGACCUAGACUCUGCGCUCCGGUACCGCUUGCCGCGCGGUAGCAGAGAGUACAGCCUAUGACUAGGGUGGCUAGAGACUUUGACAAUUUUCCAUGCAUGGUGGAUUUUGGAUAGAUGGACCUAACUAGAGCUAUGGCUACUGUAGAGCAUGUUAUGUAAACUUAGUGUACAAAACUUGGAAUACCUGCUCUUUCCAUGACAGACUGACCAGGUGAAUCCAGGUGAAAGCUACAGUAUGAUCCCUCAUUGAUGUCACUUGUUAAAUCCACUUCAAAUCAGUGUGGAUGAAGGGGAAGAGACAGGUUAAAGAAGGAUUUUUAAGCCUUGAGAGAAUUGAGAGAUGGAUUGUGUAUGUGUGCCAUUCAGAGGGUGAAUGGGCAAGACAAAACAUUUAAGUGCCUUUGAACAAGGUAUGGUCGUAGGUGACAGGAACACCGGUUUGAGAGUGUCAAGAACUGCAACGCUGCUGGGUUUUUCAAAUUCAACAGUUUCCCGUGUGUAUCAAGAAUGGUCCACCACCCAAAGUUGACACAACUGUAGGAAGCAUUGGAGUCAACAUGGGCCAGCAUCCCUGUGGAAUGCUUUCGACACCCUGUAGAGUCCAUGCCCCGACAAAUUGAGACUGUUCUAAGGGCAAAAGGGGGUGCAACGCAAUAUUAGGAUGUUGCUAAUGUUUUGUACACUCAGUGUAUAUUGCAACUCUGGCACAAUUAUAUGUACGCUAUAUUAUUAGACAGUCCAUGACAGAUCCAGAACCCCUCCCUCGCCUUUGGUUGCAGCAAACAGUCUCAUUACCGCUAGAAUAUGUCCUCACUAUAUUUCUGGAUCAUUUAAGAGGCUGUCCUCUCUUCCUGUUUCUUAGCCCAUCACUGCGGUUGUGUGGCGGGGAUUGGUUCAAUGCCUCUGUUUUUAGUAACUCAUUCAUGGACCAUUCAGCACGUAAACCAAUAAUGGUUUAUCAGGCUGUCGAAAGUUAUUGACCUGCGGCUUACAGAGAGCUGCCCCCGUUCUAAAUCAAGUCUGAAGGACAUGAGCAAUGUGGUUCAAGACGCAUGUCAUUUUCCCUUUGAUACGG